GAUAAUUAGGUCUGAAUUACUGCUUUUAAUCAGUGCAGAGAAAUCCCAUUUGGGUCUGGGAAAAGGCUCUUAUGCAGUGUGUGACGUUAAUUAUUCUUAUACAUAUUAGCUCAAAUAAAACAGAUGUUUCUAGAAAUGCAGUCUAAUAAUCCAAUUGAAUUUAAACAGCUCAAUAAUGUCAUCCUUUUCCGUAAAUGGUUUUGAAAAUGCAAAUAGAACAGCAGUUUGCCAGAUUGAACACAGACCGUGUGUCCUGUUGGUGUUGUAGGCUGGAGGUGUCAGAGACCAUUGAGGUGGGCAGCAGCCUGGGCUCACUGACCCGUGUUGACAUUGACGUCAGCAACCAGAGUGUGUCUCUCACACUUGUCGAUAACAGAUAAUCACUGCUCAAAUUCCGCCUCAAAGACGGACAGCUCCGGGUAACCAUGAUAAUGAUUUAACCAUGCAUAAUACUUGAUGUACUAUUACUAUUCGAGUGGAUGUCUUGAUAAAGUCAGGGCUCAAUUCAAUCUGUCUGCCAGGUUAGCAACACACUGAACUACGACUCUGCUGAGAUGGCCACCAAUAACUUCCAGUAUGAGGCCACCAUCUUGGCUACGGACAUAGGCACCCCUCCUCUCACAUGUCAGUUCACUUUGUGUUGUUCCCUGUGUGUGCCAUAUAUACAGUACCCCAUCAUCUAAUAUACGUGGCAGUUUACUUCGAAGUUAUAGGGUGGCAGCAUAACACUGUUUCUCUCCGUAUCCAGCCCAGGUGCUGGUCAGUGUGACCCCAGUCAAUGAACAUGAUCCAGUGUUUCAGACUGUUCUUCAGUGUCCCAGAGGGCACCAGGCCUGGUACUGCAGUGGGGACGGUGGUGGCCAGAGACACAGACUGGCCCUUUGACAACAUCCGCUACUCAAUCACUACAGGAGACACCAUGUUCACUAUUGACCCUGAGGGAGGGGAGCUGUAUCUGGGCGGAGAGCUGGACUUUGAGGAGCAGCAGGUGUAUGUAGUGGGGGGUUCAUGCUGAGGAUUAUGAGCAGGAUAUGGACCGUACCAACCGCAAGAGAAGAACAGUGGACAUCACCGUACAAGUGGAGAAUGUGAAUGAUAAUGCUCCAGUGUGUGACCCAAUCUCCUAUGAGUCCACCAUCUUCUCCACCUUCUCUAAUCAACUCCCCAUCCUCUCACUCAGCUGUGCUGAUACAGACAGCGACAGACUAACAGCUACCAUCACUAACGGUGCUGCAGUGGAACGGUUUCUGAUGACCGGGUUGAGUCUCGUCUCCAAAAACGUGUUCUCCUACGUGGUGGAUGGGGUUUAUGACCGCACCAUGUUUGAAGUCACCAUCUCUGUGUCGGAUGGCAGGCAUCACACUGAGGCUGUGGCCUACAUCUACAUAGUUCCCUGGACCACUACUGUUCCUACUACUACUACUACCACUACAGAUAAACCUUCACAGGUGGUCACAGUGAUGUCAGACUACUGGGAUCCAGAGCCUUGGUUUGUUGCUGUGGUGACGGUUACCGGCGUCCUGCUCCUGCUGGUCACAAGUCUGCUCAUCUGGUUGCCUAACUCUGGUCCUUGACAACCUCUGUUCAGUUAAUCCGCUCACUGUAGAGUUUACAAGAUCUGCUCUCCCAUGGACGCAGCAGGGUUUUCAGCGGGGUUUAGGUUAUUGUAACAGUCCAUAAUAGGAAUUGUAUGUUUAUGCCUGCAGCGUCUAUGGUUGGGGUCCAAAAGAUGAGCCUGAACCUCCAUCAAAUAGGACGUGGGUGCCAUGACAGAACCAAGUUUUGAAUUAUAAGCCAUUAUUCAUUGUUAAACCUUUUCCCACAUACUCACAACGUACUGUGUAAUGUUAUCUGAGCAGGGAAGAGAUCGGCAAAAUGAACACAGAAGUGAGUCCAAAUGGGGCCAGUGAAAAUGACCAGGCAAGUUGGAUCAAUGGUUUCCAAUUGCAUCCUGCUGAGAAUAGAUAUGUGAAACAGCAUGGGUUUACCUCUGAAUGUGUUUCUCCAAGGCCUCACUAGAUGGCACCCUCAGUCUGUCUAAAGUCAGCAUACCAGACGACCUGAUGAGGUUUGAUGGGAAGGCACAAGAUCCAGUUUCAGGGCGCAGUUACCUGUUCAACUCUUCCACUGGUGAACGGCGUUGGUUGUAGGGGACAUCCAGUCUUACCAUCAACGACCUGCACUGAUUUAUGUGCUGUUUAUACCAUCUGGAGCUGAAGAGGAUUCAUAUGAUGUGGAUUCAUAGUAGGUGGAUUCAUAGUAGGUGGAUUCAUAUUAGGUGGAUUCAUAUUAGGUGGAUUCAUAUUAUGUGGAUUCAUAUUAUGUGGAUUCAUAUUAGGUGGAUUCAUAGUAGGUGGAUUCAUAGUAGGUGCGCAAUCAGGCAUUUUAGCAUAAUUGUGAUUUCAAUUAAAGGUCGAUUUGAAGUUUGUAAGAGUGAUAUUUUAAAAGGUACUAUUUAAUACAUAAUCAUGCUGACCUGCUGUGUUGUAGGCUACUCCUUAAUUACUAUUCCUGUGUGUGUACUCAUGUAGUUCAGCAUCAACAACAGUAUACCUUAUAUAUACACAGAAGUAUGUGGACACCUCUUCAAAUGAGUAGAUGUGGCUAUUUCAGCCACACCCGUUGCUGAUUGGUGUAUAAAAUCUAGCAAAAAGCCAUGCAAUGUCCAUGGACAAAGAUUGGCAGUAGCAUGGCAUUACUGAAGAGCUAAGUGACUUUUAAUGUGGCACUGUCAUAGGAUGCCACCUUUCCAAACAAGUCAGUUCAUCAAAUGUUUCCCCUGCUAGAGCUGCUGUAAGUGCUGUAAUUGUAUAGUGGAAAUGUCCAGGAGCAACAACGGCUCAGCCGCAAAGUGGUAGACCACACAAGCUCACAGAACAGGACCGCUGAAUGCUGAAGAACGUAUAAAUAGUCAAUCCUCGGUUGAAACAUUCCUUACUGAGUUCCAAACGGCAUCUGGAAGCAACAUCAGCACAAUAACUGUUUGUCGGGAGCUUCAUGAAAUUAGUUUCCAUGGCCGAGCAGUCACACAAAAGUCUAAAAUUACCAUGCAUCGGCUGAAGUGGUGUAAAGCUCACCACAUUUAGACUCUGGAGCAGUGGAAACACGUUCUCUGGAGUGACGAUUCACUCUUCACCAUCUGGCAGUCCGACGGACAAAUCUGGGUUUGGCGGAUGCCAGGAGAACCCUACCUGCUCCAAUGCAUAGUGCCAACUGUAAAGAUUGGUGGAAGAGGAAUAAUGAUCUGGGGCUGUUUUUCAUGGUUCGGACUCGGCCCAUUAGUUAAAGUGAAGAGAAAGCUUUGCUACAGCAUAUAAUGACAUUCUAGAAGAUUCUGUGCUUCCAAAUUUGUGGCAACAGUUUGUUUCAGCAUGACAAUACCCCCAUGCACAAAGCAAGAUCCAUACAGAAAUAAUUUGUUGAGAUCAGUGUGGAAGAACUUGAUUGGCCAGCACAGAGCCCUAACCUCAACCCCAUCAAACACCUUUGGGAUGAAUAGGAACGCCGACUGUGUGUCAGGCCUAAACGCCCAACAUCAGUGCCGAACCUCACUAAUGGCUCGUGGCUGAAUGGAAGCAAGUCCCCACAGCAAUGUUCCAACAUGUAGUGGAAAGCAUUCCCAGAAGAGUGGAGGCUGUUAUAGCACCAAAGGGGGACCAACUCCAUGUUAAUGCCCAUGAUUUAUAAAUGAGAUUUUCUUUUGGUCAUGUUGUGUACGUUGUUUUGUCUAAUGUGUGGAAUAACAGUUUGUUUUGGUUUUAUUACACCAACAGCUCUAACCUGAUUUGAAUGAAAUGAUCUGUUGUGUUCUAUGAAAAACCUGUCCGUUAGUAUGUGAAAAUGACCUAAAUAAUGUGUAGGAAAACACAAGAGCAAGUAAAUCAGAUGAUCUUUAUUUGUAUUUAAAUUAAAUCAUUAUUUAAGACUUUCAAAGCAUUUUAAUAUUGACCACAAAACUAACUUUUUCCCAAUUAGAUUUAGUCUUUCCUCGAUCACUAUUUAUCGUUAAGAUGGUGUGAGAAAAAUGGAAGAGAAAUGUAGGCAUACAGUGGGUCAAACAGUACUGAUAAAAGCAUAUCUAUGAAUUGGCUGUAAACUUAAGUGAAGGCACAAACAUACUGCAAAAGACAUGGAGUUGGUAUUAUAAAAAAUAAUGUUAGGUACAUACAUACUUUAAAUCAGUUAGAAUUUGUUGCCAUUCCUUCCCCUGGUUGUGAAGGUUUUUUUGUUUUACUUUUUAAUAUUUUUAUUUAGAUUUUGUAAAAGGAAUGUUAAAAUAUUCUGUGCAGAUUACAGAGCGAAUAUAUUUGCCAUCUCGAGUCAUGCAGGAAAAAUAUGCGGUUUGGCUAUGAAUGAGGAACAUAUGUAAACAUGAUAAAAAAAAAAGCACUUCCUUUUCCCAUUCAUAAUCUCUAUCCAUGCACGUUCUUCUUUUACAAAAUAAGCUUUAUGCGAUUAAAAGUUGAAUAGAAUUUGCACUGCACAUCACAUUUCCUAAAGUAAAAUGAACGCAUUUAUAUGAAAACCUUUUCCAAUGCCUCUAAUAAUUAAAAAUAAACUAAGAAAAAAAA